UGAACGAUCAGAAAGACAGAACGAAGUUAGCCAAAAAUACAUACACAGCGGCUGUGUGAGCAAGACUGUGUAGAGUACUUUUAUUUGAACACUUCUCUAUCAAGCAGCAAGAUUACAUUCUGUGAGUGAUUCACAUUGUGUACUUUUGUGUUGAGAGAUACUUCACUCAAAAAAAGAAAGACAAAGCCAGAAGAUGACAUUCAGCCUGGUGUUAGCCGCUCUUCUCUGCUUCACCACAUGGAUGAGCACGGUCCAUGCAACCAUUGGACCAGAAUCCAGCUGUUGUCUCCAGUGGUCUACAACCAGAAUCAAAGCAGAAAAGAUUCAGAAUUACACCAUUCAGUCUGAAGGCAGAUGUCCAAUCACAGUCAUAGUGUUUCACACAAAAAGUGGAAAGAGGAUUUGCUCCAACCCUAACAUUAACUGGACAAAAUCAACCAUGAAGAAAGUGGACAAGAAAAAAGAAGAACAAGCAUUGCAACUGAGGAGACAGAAAGAAGAAGGAUCAACAAGCAGCAUCACACCAGCAGUGUCCGCUACAUCAAAAGAGGCACCACCACAGAGGAGAUGCAAAAAUGGGAAAAAAUGCCGGGGGAAGAAGACCAGGAGAGGGAGGAAGGGGCAGAGAAAAUGUGCGUGAGGAAUAACAGGACAAAUCAAAGAUACCACAGUCAGCAAACAUUACUCUUUCCUUGUGUCCUGCUAUACUGCAUACAUAUUAAAUGAACCUGAAACUGAUUUUUAUAUUUUAUUUGUAUUCAUGAUCAAAUAUGCAUUGUAGCUAUAUAUAAAUAUUUGUAUAUCGUACUUUUUUCCAAUCAACUGCAAAUAAA